CAGGCUCGCACUUCGGCAGUGGUGCUGAGAGCCUCGCGGGCGCGGCGCCGUUACUCGCAGUCGGGCGGCGGCAGCGGCACAGCGCUGAGCGCACACCGCGCCUUAGCAGCAGCAGCAGCAGCAGCAGCGGAGGCACCCCCGCCGUCACAGCCUCUGCGCUGGUGCAGCCACCCUCGCUCCCUCUGCUCUUCCUCCCUUCGCUCGCACCAUGGCUGAUCAGCUGACCGAAGAGCAGAUUGCUGAGUUCAAGGAAGCUUUCUCCCUAUUUGACAAAGAUGGCGAUGGUACCAUCACAACAAAGGAACUUGGAACCGUCAUGAGGUCACUGGGUCAGAACCCAACAGAAGCCGAAUUGCAGGAUAUGAUCAACGAGGUGGAUGCUGACGGUAAUGGCACCAUUGACUUCCCAGAAUUUUUGACUAUGAUGGCUAGAAAAAUGAAAGAUACAGACAGUGAAGAAGAAAUUCGCGAGGCAUUCCGAGUCUUUGACAAGGAUGGCAACGGUUACAUCAGUGCGGCAGAACUACGUCACGUCAUGACAAACUUAGGCGAAAAACUAACAGAUGAAGAAGUAGAUGAAAUGAUCAGAGAAGCAGAUAUCGAUGGAGACGGGCAAGUCAACUAUGAAGAAUUCGUACAGAUGAUGACUGCAAAGUGAAGACCUACUUUCAACUCCUUUUUUCCCCCCUCUAGAAGAAUCAAAUUGAAUCUUUUACUUACCUCUUGCAAAAAAAAAAAAAAAAAAAAGUUCAUUUACUCAUUCUGUUUCUAUAUAGCAAAACUGAAUGUCAAAAGUACCUUCUGUCCACACACACAAAAUCUGCAUGUAUUGGUUGGUGGUCCUGUCCCCUAAAGAUGAAGCGCUACACAUCAGUUUUACGAUAUAAAUACUUGUACUACCUUAACGAUAAGGAAGCACUUAGUGGACUCCUUGCAGUUCCAUUUGCUAAUGAUUACUACACUGUUUGGGCUGGCCAGUUUUUCAUGCAUGCAGCUUGACGAUUGAGCACAGUCAGGCCUUUGUAUUAAAAACGAAAAAUGAAAAAACAAAUUUAAAAAAACCUGUUUCAAAUGGGUUCUAGUUCAAUUUGUUAGUAUAAAUUGUCAUAGCGGGUUUACUGAAAACAAACCUUUAAAAUUGGUUUACCUCAGGAUGCUGUGCAGAAAAAUGGGUGAAGGAUAGAUAGACCGUCUAGACGCGGCCCCACAGAGCAGGACGGCCCCCUGUACUUCGUGCGCCCCCACCCGUGGUGACAGUGACACAUCCUGCCGGCAUCCUGUGCGUGUUGGUUUAGCGUUGUCCGCAUUGUACCAGAGAGCGAGAUGGGUGUUGGGCUGUCACCAUUCACACAAAUUUUUGAAAAGAAACCUUUACCAAGGGAGCAUCUUUGGACUCUCUGUUUUUAAAACCUCCUGAACCUGACUUGGAGCCAGCAGAGGUAGGCUGUGGCUGUGGACUCUUCAGCACAACCAUCAACAUUGCUGUUCAAGAAAUUACAAUUUAACGUCCAUUCCAAGUUGUAAAUGCUAGUCUUUUUUUUUUUUUUUUUUCCAAUAAAAAGACCAUUAACUUAAA